AUGGCGGCAGCAAAAGCUGUCGGUGAAGUUGCAAUUCUAAAUUCUGGCGAUUCCUCACUGCAAAGUUUGCCUUCUGCUGUUGAACUUUCCAGACAACUUCAGAAACUUAUGCUGAACAUCAAGGGAAACUUCAUCUCCCAUGAAGGACACGAAGUCGACUAUGCUGCUUUAAAACACAGCGACUUGUUCAGGGAAUAUGUGGAGAGAACGAAAGCUCUAAAAGUCGUGGACUUGGGGAGCUUAGAAAGAAAGGAGAAAAUAGCUUUUUUCCUAAGUAUCUUUUAUGUUGGAACUCCGUUGUUUCUUGCAUGCAUGCAACAGCCCGAUCUUUUUUUUGAGAUGUCACCAGUGCUAGUUGAAGCGGAUAGGGUACAAAUAGCCCGGAUAGGUUGGGCCUCCCACACCGCAAACCGGACCCUCCCCGCCUCAAAAAGUAAUAAUUAUUUAAAACCCAUAGCUAAGCGAAGAUAGGAUUUUUUCAUGCGGUAGGCCAUUUUUGUUUUUUUUUUCAGAAGCAUUGACAAAUGAUUACACCUUUGGAGGUUUACUUCUCUAUUAGGUAAAGAUAAAAAAUUGAAAAGCGGGUAGGGUAGUCACCUGGGGGAGGGGGCAGUUACAAAAUAAUGAUACUGACCUGAAGAUGGUGGGGAUACUCCCUGGAGGGGGGUACUCCCUUAUAUAUAUAGGUAUGUGCCGCCCCAUCGGGUAGGGUUUUUGCACCAUUUUGCUGGAAUCAGGUGUGGUUUCCGAGGGGACUACAGGAGUGUAUGAACAUAUUUAUCGUUUCAAUUCCAAAUGAGUAAGAAAGAAAGAUAAAUAUGCAAAUUCAACGGAGAUUUUUGUCUGUGCUCUAAUCUAGUAAUGAUAACAUUAUAUCUGUCUAAAGGACAGGUCUGACAACGGGUAUGGAUUUUAGAGGUCUGGUCUGAAAACAGGUCUGGAAAAUUACAUUUUUUCGCCUGAAAUAGGGUCAGAAUUUGGAGAACCAGAUGGCACACCCCACCAAGAAUUCCCGGGAGUACCCCCCCCCCCCACAUCCCCGGGACAUAACAAAGUGCUAUCAAGAAAGGGACUGUCAAAAUAUGUUUGCUAUAAGGAGGUUUCAUUAUAUAUUAAGGUUCUUUUUCUUAGAUGUUAUUUUAACUGGGGUGAGAAACAUUAGUGAAUUUACAUAACAGGAUGGGAGAGGAAAGAAGAAGGCAAACCUUAUGUGACAAUAAUUUUUUUUUGAAACAACUUUUCCCCAAACUUCACUUUCCUUAAAUAUACAGAUCUUUUUGUUUCUAAUUUUGAUUCUUUAAGGUCACCUUGUCAAUCUUCCAGUGCAAUUAACAAACUCUACUCUAUUACUUCUGAUUCCUUAAUGAUGAUGAAGAUAUUUAUAAUUCCCUCACAAUUCAUGGCUUGGCAGCCUGUGAUACUGGAGUACCUAAAUCAGUGCUUGAGAUAAACAACUUUUGGAGAAAAACAUCGUACAACAUUGGAGGAUAUGUAUUUUCACUUGAUGACAUCGAACAUGGAAUUCUCAGAGGUAACAAUUUUUUUUUUUUUUUAUGCCUGUGACAGAGUGACAAUGAUAAUCAUCAUGAUGACAGUGAUGAUAGUACUAGAGCAGCCUUGGAUUUUUUUUUUCGUGUAAGUCCAGCCAUCUGGAAAAUUUUCAAUAAGCAAAACAAGAAAUAGCGUCAGUUACUAUUUGUAGGUAAUAGAAGCAAAGAAAUCUAACUUGUAUUCAGUCACAAUCUUACUUGUUUGUAAAAUCUUACUUAAUGUAAAGGUUACUUAUUUUCUACCUACUCAUGAGACUUCACAAAAUUUAAUGGUAGCUGUCUUUCAGUUUGUUAAAAUUUUUGUUUGUAAGGAACUCCUACUUCAUAUAAUGUUUACUUCUUUUAUGUCUUUUUUUUAUGCCAUUUUAAGGCUUUAAUCUCAGGCUGUCAUGGCUUGACCUCUAAGUUAUUUCCUCACUGAAAGCUUUAUUUUGUGUCAUCUUUAUUAAUUGGGUGAUUAACUUGUCAGGUAACAGACCACACCCAUCUGAUGCCAAACCAUUAUUUGCUGAAGACGAUUCUCGGUUGCAGUUUGCUGUUUCAGAAGUUGACCCUAGGAUUCACUUUGCUUUAGUGUGUGGAGCGAAGGUACUAAUCAGGGUUUUUCCUUGUUAUUAUUUUUUAGAUCUUCUUUUCUGUGUACCAAAUACUUGGGGAAAAUGGGUAGAAUUUUUAGGGUCAGUCAGGAUUCAGAAAGCAAGAAAUGUUCUAAACCAAUUUGUUCAUCUUGAAUAAAAUAUCCAUGUACUGUGCAUCUCAAAUAAACCUGAUUUCUAAUUUUAUUUGAAAGUAAUCCUGUUACAUGCAUUUUUGCUUAACUUUCUACAGUGGAAGCUCUCAUAAGCGGACACCCUUAAAAUAAUGUGAAAAAGGUGUCCAUAACUGAAGCUGGCUGCUUACAAAGGAUGUAAAAAUACAUAGUUUGUAUGGGAGUUGAGGAAACGGGGUUCUGUGAAGGUGGCCAUAAGUUGAGCUGUCCGCUUAUGAGAGUGCCUGUUAGGAGGGCUUCUGCUGUAUUAAUUUUACCCUUUUUGUCAUUUUUACAAACAGUCUUGUCCAGCCAUCAAUGUGUUUUCUGCAAAGAACUUGGACUUUGCUUUGCAAGCAGCAGCACAGAACUUUUGCUCACAGGAAGUGUGUGUUGAUGAUUCCAAGGUAUUAAAACAUUUGUCUUUGUUGCUUUAAUUGAAGUAACUUUUGUGGACCAUGUGAAUACAGCUGUAUGUCAGUUGCAAAUGUUGCUUUCAGAGUCCUCUGAGUGCAUAGCAUCAAAAGUAUUUUAUACAAAAGUUACACAUGACUACACCAAACCUUGACAACUAAGCUGCCAUUAGAACUCAUCAACUCCUCUGCUGACAAAAUAGGCAAUCGCCUUUUAUUAAAUGACAACAACUUUACUGAUUUUCAGAAUUACUCAGUUUCUAACAGGUAGAUUUUAAACAAACUAAAUAGAGGCUUUAGGUGUGAUCUUUCAAUAUCUUUUACUUAUUAGGUCAUAAUAAUAUUAAUUUGUAUAACAUGAAUUUUUUUUUAAGGUUACCUUGUCAAAAAUAUUCCUUUGGUACAAAGCAGAUUUUGGUUCAACAGAGAAGGAAUGUUUGAGGUGUGUCAACUUGCAAUAAUCCUUCAAUGUAAUUUGUAAUUUUGUAAUUUGUUUACCCACGAAGCUCUAAGGAAUUCAUAAGAACUCGUUGAAACGUGUCAAUUCGUUCCAGAGUGAAUUGGAAUUUGAAAGUGUUGGUUUUUAAGGAGAGGGGAAAACCGGAGUACCCGGAGAAAAACCUCUCAGAGCAAGGUAGUCAGAACCAACAACAAACUCAACCCACAUAUGAUGUCGACGUCAGGAUUCAAACUCGGUCCACAUUGUUGGGAGGCGAGUACUCUCACCACUACACCACCCUUGCUCCCUGAACCUGUUACAUUCUCCUCUGUUCAGUACGCCAUGGUAGUUUUGAUUGAUACAUGAUGUUUUUGUUUUGGUAGUUGCAAUAGAAAUUUGUUUUAUUAUAAAAAUUUAUUGUUUUUUUCUUUUUCUUAUUCAACACUAUCAUUUAGGUGGAUUUCUCAGCAUCUUCCAGAAGAGGAACAAAAGAAAUUGAACAGUUUAUUAGAACAUCCUACCAGUUUGAUUAAAAUUAGUUAUAAUGAUUAUAACUGGAAUCUUAAUGGGUCAAAGUUGUAAAAUUACUAACAUUAAGCAGCAAGAGGGAGAAAAUUGUUGUGAAAGUUACUGACAAGCAUGACUGCAAGGUUGUCAGAAAGUUUCAAGUUGGUGGCUUUUUUGUUAAAAUAAGUGGCAGAUUUUGCCAUCGUUCUGGAGAAACUGACCAAAACCAUGAAGAAUGACCUGGUUGAUGAAUGUAGCAUAUCUUAUUUUACAUACCAAUAUUGUCAAAAAAAUUUAAAAUUAUACUUACAAUCAUCAGUGUAAUAACAGCAAAUCCUUUUCAAUAUUGUAAAUAAUAAUUAGUCCACGAACUGUUUUGAACCAUAGAUUGUAAUUUAUUGCUAAUGAAAUGCCUGCAGUAACACUGUUGUUCUAAAAUGGAGUAUACUU